GCCACCUGCCCGCCUGUGCAGUUCUUUGCUUAGUCAGCACCCCAAGAUCCGGGACAUGGGCGCCUGUCUCUCACGCCACUUCUUGCAUCGAUCCUGGAGUCCCUCUGCCGAGCUUGGCUGGCGUGCUCACUUAAGCUAUCCUAUACUAUGGGCUGCUGGUAAGCUGUACUGCUUGUUAUGUACCGGUUUCACUAUGCUGCUCUAUCGGUGCGACGUGUUCUCCAGCUGUGCCUUGCCUGUAACCAGUCCAACACUUCGCCGUCGAUGCGGUGAUUGAGAGGCUCUGGGUUUCUCACGUGUUCCGAUAUGGUCCACGGUGGCUGAAGAUUCGGGUUGUCUUGCCUUGAGUUCACGUCUCCAUCGCGCCUAUCCCCGACCUCCACCAUGACCCUCGAUGCCUACCAAGCCCAUGUCUCUUCUCUCCCCAUCGUUGACCGCCUCCCUCCGGAGCUGCUCAUCGAAAUCUUCGUGUGCUGCACGGAAAACCUCACUGACGGCCUGGUACCGCUCGCCCUCGGCGCCGUCUGUCACUAUUGGCGGGCCGCCAGUCUCGCCUCGCCGCGCGUAUGGCAACGCCUGGUGCUCAGUGAGCGACGGAAGGUGGAGGCGUCGCAUGCGCAGGCGCGACUGUGGCUAGUGCGAUCGGGACAAUUGCCGCUCUAUGUCCAUGUCAACCUUGACUCGAGGGACUUCCUGCUCCCUCUCUUGUCGCCCAUAUUGCCAUACAUCCAUCGAUGGAGAACGUUUGACAUGACCCUAGAGGAAGCGGACGAACAUUUCGACUUCGCACCGCUCGUGGAUGGCGCCACGGGAGCUCGCCUGGAGCAUUUGCAGAUGAUCAUCAGGGGGACGUCCGGCUUAGAUGCUUUCAUCGAGCAUCUUCACCCACUCGAGAGACCGGAUAUCGACAGACCCUCGUUCUCAGCCUUGCCUUCAGGCGAACCCGACGAGCCGAGGGGCAUCUUCAUGCGCACCGCCGUCCUAACGCUACCGUCACGCGCCCAGUUGUCUGUGUUGCCCCUCACGAAACUCACGAUCUCCGAGUCGGUGGACGUCCUCACGAACGCGUCGCAGGUGCUCGAGUUCCUCUCCGUUCUACCCAUGCUCGAGCAGUUCAUUUUCUAUUCCUUUCCCCACGACGGGAACCCUGAAGACGACGUAUGCCGUGCUCCGGUCGUCUCGCUUCCCCGACUACAGAUGCUCGUUCUACGGGGCACCUGCGUCGUCCGUACCAUUCUGUCGCACAUCGAUGCCCCGUCGCUGAGGGAGCUCUACCUCGAGCAUACCAACAUCGACUUCCCGAUCCAGCGAGACCACUACGCCAGCCUGGAGGAGGAGGGCGACAGCGAAGACGAAGCGUACGACUUCUCGCAGUCACCGUGGAGCGACCGGGCGACCGGUAUGGGCUUGCGGCAGCUCAUCAAACGCUGCAAUCCGCCUCUGCAGGUGUUGGAAAUGGACUACGCAGACAUGCGGACGAAGGACUUCGAGUGGUGUUUCGAUCGUCUGGAGCACCUCAAGGAAUUCCGCAUCGUCGCUUCCGAUAUGUCCAACACGGUCGUCAACCUCCUCGCACCACAGCAGCCGCGGCCGAUGUCCUGUCGACCCGAUGGCACAAGGCAUGGCGAGCCGCGCCUGCGACUCCCGAAGCUGACCAUGCUCGGGCUAUGGAACUGUCAACGUCUCAGUGGUGAUGCUAUCGUCCGGGCGCUGUGUCGGAGGGUGCAGUACACGGACCACCUGUCUGGCGACGAGUUCAGUAGGCUUUCGGAUGUGGCAAUUGUAGGAUGUCAGGACUUUCGGGUUCAGCAUGUUCUUGAGCUCUCGCCGGUGCUGGGAGGUCGUCUACGCAUUUCAUGAUCACGCUUGCAAGACCAAUGUAGCAGAUAUGUACCUCUAUUACUUUACGAUAUUUAUUCGCGCUUUGUCGCUGCUUAGUACUUAGUGCUCAUCAAGUGUCUACCGUCACGAAUUACCGCUCACCAUGAUGUUGCGCGAUUAAGCUUGCUCGCUCGGUGCGUGUAUCGGGCAGGCGGAUCGGAGCGAUCUCUGGCGCCUAGAUGUCAUUUUAGAC